GGACAUGGACUUGCUAGAUACCUAAGGUCGAAAUGGCGCACCGCUCCCACCGCCGCUACGACGACCACAGGGCCAAAGCCGACGAGCCGUCCAAGGUCGCCGCCGGCAACUACACCAAGCACCACAAGCACUACACCAAACAACACGUCCAGACCAGCACGGCCGCCGUUGCUGGAACGACCACUACGGCACAUACAUAUGCUCGGGCCCAAUCGACUUUUCAGGGGCUCCAAUCGAUCUUCCUGGGGGCCCAAUGGAGGCUUCAGUACUAUUCUCACUCAUACUCCAGAAAGGCGAAUACCAAGGAAGAUGUCGCAGUCGCCGCCGGCGAAUGGCGGCGCAGGGAGGUGAAGCAACUCGAGUACGUACGAAGCGGGCAGGUCGGCGACAUCAACAUCCGAGCAGUCCAAGUGCACGAGGUCAAGCAAAGGAUCGUCGCCUACGAAUGGCGCAAGGAGGAGAAGCACCACAAGCACACAACGAAGGAGCUCGGUGCCGCCACGGUACAGCACAACAAGUGCAAGGCGAAGAAGGCCCCGGAGCACGCGCGCUCGCACAGGACCAAGUAAGGGGUCACCGCCGCCGUCGGCAUAUUAGCAUAAUCCUUGUGCGCUUAGUAUGUGUCUGUUUGUUUUUCGUUCAGAGCAUGACUGGGUCUGUCAGUUGUGCGCGUCUGUAGCUCGAGGUGUGCACGUUCACGCCGGAGCAGAUCCUUAGCUAGGCAUGCCUUGAGCCCUUGACGUGCGGGAUGGCGCACGAAGUGGAGAGGCAUGGCGCGCUUUUCGGCUGGCCGGUGUGGCCACGUCCGUUCAGUUGUAUUCGUAGCUUUAUAUUUGCAAUACAGAGUCCAGAAAAAGGUAGCUAUUUUGCUGCACAA